CUCGUGGAGGUCAGUUCGUUCGUCGACUCGCGCGCGUUUUGUGCAUUUUUAUUUCGUUUUUAUCGCAGCGUGUGUGUGUGUAUCGGUCGCUCUAUUGUGGCGUUCUUUUUUUUUGUUGUUUUACUUCAAUACCUCCAAAUAUACCUUACGCCCGUGCUGGUGUAAUAAUAGUCCGCAGAUCGACGCGCGCGUAUCAAUUUAGUGUGUACGCGACAUAAGCUCGUCGGGCGGCAGUGAUACUUAAAAAAUAGGAAGCAAAAGGUCUUGGAAGUGCAGCGAAGGUUCUCCGUCCAUUUGGAAGAAGUGAUCAGUAUUGAAAAAGUGUUCUUUGCAACAAAAAAGGUGAUUGAGUUUUACACAAAAAGGUAACAAAAAGUGCGGUGAUUUGCGAAUCUGAAAAGAACCAGCUAGAAGUGAUCAAAGGAAGAGAAUCCCAACACUUGAAGCUUCAACCCCAUCUACAGUGCAACAACAGGGAGUUGAAAAAGUCAAUUCCAAAAGGGAAGGUUCAUACCUGCUGGGAAGAGGCUUAGUGCGCUGGUCAAAGAAGUUCAACAGCACUCACACCAGCUAAGCCACGUUGCGAAACCUGAUCGUCGAGACGGCGAAGAGAAGCCCAAAGUAAAGCCCAGCGCAACACCAAUACAUCCUCGACGAGACUCCGCGGUGUUGGCUCUGCGCAGCCAUUUCUUAUUUGAAAUUCUUCUUCAUACACCGUUAGCAUAGACCAAGAUUCCGCAAACGGGAUGAUGGCUCCAUCCCCUUCCAAGAGUACCAAAACGCAGCAUCCGUCGUUUAUAAUAACGGCGGACUCGGUGGAUACCAGCCCGGUACCGUCCAGUCCGCCCAGUACAGACGCACCCAAGUCGCAGUGCUCCUCUCUGUCAGACGGCGAAUCGUUCGAGUGCUACGGUGACAAUGACAUCUCUAUUUCGGAAAACGGAGGUGUGGACCUGGAGCUGGCCCCCACACUCAACUCCACUCCCAACGGAGAAAAUAACAAUAUCAAUACCAACGGCAUCACCCGACACACAUGGAGCCGCAUGAGCUUACGCGGUGCGCCUAAGAGCCAAAAUAAUGAUAAUCUGCCAAACAGACGAUGGGGCUCGAUGAGACACUCUGGAAAGCGACAGUUGGGAUCCAAUGCCUUAGCUAACCACCUAUACAGAUCAUCGAGUUUCAACUCGUCCGGCCGGAGCUCAAACUGUGAUACAGCAGAAGACAUGUAUAGCGAUGUAAGUUUGGAGGACGUGCAAGACUUAAACCAUAAGCUAGAGAUACUGCAGCGCCAAGUGACGAACCUGGCCGACACGCAGAACAAUGUCGAGGACCGCACCAGCCGGACGAAGGCCGAGUACGCCGUGCUGCAGGCCCGCUACCACAUGCUGGAGGAGCAGCUGAGGGAGACGGAACUGCGGGCGGAGGAACGGCUGGCGGAGGAGCAGAAGCGGCACCGGGAGUUGCUGGCGCGGGUCGAGCGGGAGGCAAAGCUGCAGAAUGAAAACUGCCAGAUCCGGAUACGAACCAUCGAGAUGGAGGCGAACCAGCUGCGCGAGGAGAUCGCCCGGUUGCGGCUGCAGGCGGACAAACAGGCCGCCGACCUGCACGCCACCGAGGACAAGCUCGAGAAGGCGCGGGACGGCCUGAUGGUGUCGCAGCAGGAGCUGGCCGAGGCCAAAGCCAACGAGAAGAAACACAAAGCCGACAAACACGCCGCCGAGGAGCUGAUGGUCGAGCUGGGCAAGGAGUGCGAACGGCUCCGGUCGGAACGGGGUCCGGCGCUACCGACGACCUCGCCCGAAUCGCUCCGGUUAGAGGAACUGCACCAGGAGAUGGACGAGCUGCGGCAGAAGAACAAACAGCUCGAGGAAGCGAACGAGGAGCUGCAGGCGAUGGUGCUAACGAAGGGCGUCGAGGAGGGCCGAAACCUACUCAACGGAACGUCCAACAGUCUCGCCCAGGAACUCGAAGCCAUGAGCCAGAACCAGGAUACCGUUGAUUCGUCCACAUUAGCGUCAUUAACACAGCUCCAGAUCGCAUUCCAGGACAAGGAAGAGGAAAACCGCCGGCUAAAGCACUACAUCGAGACGAUCCUGCUGCAAGUGGUCGAAAACUACCCGCAGCUGCUCGAGGUGAAGGCAGCAUAAGCAUUUCGGGCUAAAGCCCCCCGAGUGUGGAUUGCCUACUUAUGCUUAACGUGAUAGUUGCAACAAAAAGAAGAGAAAAACGGUCCUGUCCUGAUUGUGGUUUUAAAAGCAGCAAGAUGCGAGCAAGGAUUUGCCCUCUAUUUAAGUUAUACGUGAAUGUCCGUCGAAGAGAGCAAGCAGCAAGCUGAGAGAGAAGCAAACAUCUUACAAGCAAUAUAUUUUAUAUGUAUUUAGAGUUUAGGAACUACACACAACCACACACUUUAGCUGUUAGACUCCCCCCUCUUUUGUGUUUAGUGUUUUCGCUAGAGAGAAUAUUUUUUUAUAUAUUUGUAUUUUUAUAUAAAACCAUAUUUUUCUUAGACUUUCCAACCAUUCAAGUACUAUUACCUUCGUCUAAUCGUUUUUGUUUUAUCAACGUUCAAACACUAGCAGAAUCAGAAAUUCUCCCCUCGAGAAAAGAUUGUAAACAGAGUUGUUGAAAUCCCCCGUAGGAUAGAUCAAAUUGUAAUUUGUUUGAAAUCAAAAUAACUCUUCUUUAAUUUCCGAACCGUUGAUUUAAAGUUUCCAACAGAGAUCAAUGCUCAAUUCAAAAUAAUUGCGCAAUUUACAAAGUGAUAUGAAGAACAAGUAGCCUUUUCUAUGUAUUGUGUACCCCAUACAAUUCCAUUUUGUAAGCGCAGUUUUCGAACUGCUAAAAAGUAACGAAAAAACGAGAAGGUGCUCAGAAUAAACUGUUUCAACUACAUAUUUCUCUAUUGUUUCCCGUUUUACUAGCAGAGUUUGUGCACACUUACAUUGCGAUGUAAGUACUAGACAUUUGAAGAAGAAGAUAACGAUUUUGUAAAUAUUGUUUCCCCACCCCUCCAAACUGAUGCAAAUAUCUUACAGUUUUAGUUGUGUAAGGAAAAAGAAACCUUUGUAACCUGAGAAGAAGAAAAAAAACGUAAGAAAAUAAAUCAACAUUACAGCAAAGUGCUAUCGUUGGGCGUCUCAUCAAAAAGAACGAAUUUGUUUCGGUUGGACUACUUUUGGUCGUCAACUAUCUAUUUACAAUCAAACCCCCUUUUUUGUAACCGUUCGUUUUUUGCCGUCGUCACAGUGGAAAGAAUUUAUCUUAAUUUAACUGUUUUACAAUUCGCGUGACGGCAAACGGAAUAUCAGCACUGAUUGAGACAAAAAAAAACAUGAUGCAUUAAUAUAUAUAAACUAACCCACACAAACAAAAAACAUGUUAGCGUUGCGCGAGACUAGAAUCUUGCGAGGAUCAUGUGUCGCGAAGAACAGUUUUAAAUUGGAUGCCAAAAUAGCGUUCUACUACUACUACUACUACUACUAAACAGUACUGUGUAUUAGUAAUGUUGAAAGAAGGAAAUAAAAAUUGACUAAAGACUA